UCGGUACCUUGAAAGAAAAAAAGAUCAGUUUUUGAGUUUUCCAUCGAGAAAAUUCACAAUAUCGUAAAGAAGGGUAUCGAAUCGCGUUCGAUCGGUGUGAUCGCGUUUCCCUCGAUUGACAUUAACGUAAAAGUGCACGUGAGAAUCUCUGAAAGAACAUGUUCUGAGAGCGAAAGCACACUCCGUUGCGUCGUUUCUUUUUUCUCUUCUAUCAGUGAUUGAGCAACCAACGAAACCGAGAAUGACGACCGAGUCUUUGGCGCGCGAGGUCGACUCGCACAUCGUCACCAUCCUGUCCAGAUUAUCGGCUCUUCGGGAAAAUAACGCUGAAAUCACUGACAGAAAACCACCCAUGUCCAUCGAGGCUCGCAGUUUAGAGCUGUGGCGAGCGGUGGCUGUCGAGUGCUUCGCCACUUUCUUCUUUAGUCUGGUGGUGGCUGGUGCAGCCGCUGCCUCUGCCGUGUCUGGAAGUGGUCUUUCCGUAUUAGCCACCGCCGUGGCUUCCGGCUUUGCCAUCGCCGCUAUUUCUGUCAUCUUUAGCCAUAUCAGUGGUGGACAUGUAAAUCCAGCGGUCUCGGUAUCCUUCGCUUUGUGCAGACGGAUUUCCCCACUUCGCGCAGUGCUCUAUAUAGCGGCACAAUGCGGUGGCGGUAUAGCUGGGGCGGCGAUGCUUUAUGGAGUAACUACACCUUCGAAUACGCAGACUCUUACAUCUCCCGGUCGGCUAGGAGGUCCAAUCGAGAGGCUUUUAGUCGAGAUAGCACUGUCAGUGUUCAUUAUAUUAGCUCAUUUCGCUGCAGAUUCAUCCAGAUCAUUGCCACCUUCGAUUUCUUCAAAGGCUUCCGCGGUUUUAGCUGCAGCCUAUACAGCGGCCACUCUUGUUUCCAGUCCUUUUCUAAAUCCAGCACGCGCAUUGGGCCCGGCCUUUGUUAUGAACCGUUGGGACAACCAUUGGGUAUACUGGGUGGGCCCACUUUCAGGAGGCGCCGUGGCGGCUCUGCUUCAUGAAUACGUCCUAAGUCCCAGACCUGCGAAGGAUUCGCGCGACAUAGACGACGGUGAUAAUUCAUCCAUGAGAUCCGAUGAGGAUACAUACGAUGAUCUGGACAAACCGAACGGGCCCAAGUUUCCCGGUACGUACGCAACCUACCGUCCAGUGGCUGGUGCAUCAUCGUCGAUUUAUAGCGCACCACCGUCUGCGUUGGAGCGCGUCGAGUCGAUCUACGGCGGCACCAAAUCGCUCUAUUGCAAAUCGCCACCGUUGACACGCGCCAAUCUAAAUCGCUCGCAGAGCGUCUACGCGAAAUCGACAUCGGGACCACGGGACGGUCUGAUGAUUCCGAAGCCGGGCCCAUUGGUGCCGGCGCAGAGUUUGUAUCCUAUCAGACUUGGUCAGAACGGUGGCUGUCAGAGCGGUGGUAAUCGCGAGAGUCAACCCGCACCCAGUGGUCCGCCGACCCAGUCAACGCAGAAUCACAACAGCACUAAUCAGAACAUGCAGAAUCAAUUGCAACAGUGCACGCAGAGUAUUUACGGAAUCCGCGGGAUCUCUACGAGUCUUAGCACACGGGAGAAUGGGAUCUAUGGCGUAUCGACUGGUUCCAGCAUCUAUGGUCGCGCACCGGCACCACCACCAAGCAGCCAGAAUUCGCAGCAGUCCGGUCAAAGUAGCGGUCAGUCCUCGAUACAGAAUCAUCCGCCGCCACCACCACCACCGCAGCAGCAACAACCGCCGCAACAGCAGCAGCAACAGCAACAGCAGCAACAACAUCAAAACGGACCGUUGUCGAGUAACUCGGAUAACGGACCAAACACUAGACGACCCGAGAGUAUGUACGGCCACGUUUCAAGGCGCAGUGACGAUUCUGCGUACGGCAGCUAUCAGAGUUGCACGCGAGGAAAUUACGGCAAAAUACCCGGACCACCGCAAUAUCGCGAUCAGGGUAGACCGAGUCCGGCCGGGCCUCUUCAGCAGAGUCAGAGCGCGCAGAACAAUUUCCAAAGAAACUCGCCGAAUCCUCAGUAUUGACUGUAGAUCAAAAAAUCGAGUCGGACGCCAUCGCGAUCAGCGAAUUAUCUCGCUUUUGACGAAAAAUAUAGCUUUCCGUUAAAUAUUUAAGAAUCUCAGGAUCUAUAAUAAGAUCCUUCUUUAUAUUUAAAUUAAAUGCAAGAGUUUGUCUUGAUAUGUUAUAACUCUGCUAUAAGAUAUACUAUUCCUAGCGGUCAGUUUUGUGGAAUCUAUUCUAGUAUCUGCAAAUCCCUAUUUUGUUCUAUAGAAUGUGAAAAUAAUAUUGGACCAAUACUACUUAUAUCGAUGAUGAGGCGUCAAUAAAUCGUACGGAUGCGAUUUUAUUUAACGUUUGUCGACAUUAUCAGAUGCAGUGAUUGGAUAUCAAAUUUCUAGAGUCUCUAUCGAGGUUCUAAAAAUUUUUUAUCUCAGAGCCAGUCACUGUAUCCAAUAACAUCGACAAGGUAAAAUCGCAUCCUAAACUUGUAAAUAGCUAUUACAAUAUAUAUAACGUGUAUACAUUGUGUAUUUCUGCGCGAUGAACGUUGAAAAAAAGAGCCGUGCGAUAUGAUCGUUGAGCUUUUAUAUCGAUGUUUUAUAAUAUAUCAAAUUUGUCAUAUAUAUAAGGCGUCCUAGGUUUUAACGGCCAAAUUGAGGCAAUGUUUUCUAUGGAUAACAAUAAGAAAAAAAAUGUUAUAUAUAAGCAUAGAAAAAUAGAAGCUUUAUUACAAAAUUAUAACAAAAAUGUUAAAACCCUGAGACACCCUGUAUAUUAGGAAAAUGUAAUUUAAAAUCGUAGAGCGAGAGAAUAAACAGUGGGCAAAAGAAAAAGAUAAAGGAAUAUCUGCCGGAAAGCAGAAAUGUUAUCCUCGAUAAAUUUCGUAUAAUGAUAUAUAAAAAUUUUAAUUAUGUCAAAGAUGAAUUAUUUUAAACAUCGUUGCGUUCCCACAUAUGUAAAUAUAUAAAUCUUAAUUUAAUUUUGAUCCACACAAAAGAGUAUAUUUUAAUUCUGCAAGUUUGCUAAUUCUCUAGAGUGAAGCGCGUACUGAUCUUUCAAUUGUGAAAGCUUCACUCACGAGAUUAUUUUAAAAUCUUUUCGUACCAAUGGAACCAAAUAAAAGACUGCGUAGCAAAAUACUAUAUGCUACACUCUAUUUUAUGAAUAUUAUUUCUCUUCCAUGUGUAGACUUGAAAUAUAUACAUAAUUUUAUCGCAUCACGUAAAUUAUUACACUUGUACAAAUUAUAAGUAGUGAUUCUUCAUACGAUAAAAGUUACUGUAGUGGUUCGACAAAGUGAAAUCGCGCAUGAAAUAUAUAUUCUAACAAUUUUAAAAUAGAGUAUAAUCUUUAAGCGAUUGUGAGAGAAAAUCUGUACAUAGAUUCUAGUUAAUAAAUGUUUUUAACUCCUUUA